AUGUGGCUAUGCUGUGAAGAACGAUGGCUGACCACAUCCUGCGAUGUCCGUGGCGCGUCCAAUGGACUGCUAGUCUGUGAGAGCUGCCGCACCUAUCUCGCUGACUCCGACCUCCGCAAAUUCAGCCGACUAGUCAUAUUCGUUCCUUGUCGGCCUUUGUUGACCUACGUUGAGCACGUCCUGGAACGAUUAUGCGACGAGAAGGACAAGGCGGGUCGUAUGCGGACUGUGGAUGAGAUACUGCACGACCUAGAGAACGACCAGACUUCGACUCCCGAACGGCGGGUGGCUUCACCAUUCCUGCACUGCCUAGAACUCGCUUCCCUGCACAACGAUCAUCCACAGGGGCGUCGCUCACAGAUCCCCGUGUACACCAGACCUCCGAGUAUCACUUCAAACGGCCAGUCAUACCACAUCAUCGACGUCUCCAACCCCGAUACCGACUCAAAAGCGCACAUGGAUAUCUCCCUCUUUGCCCCCAUGGUCGACGACAACACCGUCUUAUGGCGCAUCCGACGAUCGGCGGGCUUAUUCCUAGGCUGCGUGGACUUUCUUUGUCCGACAGCGGCCGGCAACCGUGAUCUCCAACGCGCCUACCGUCGAGUCCUCGCAUCCGCUUCAGCCAAAAGACGUGGAUUGGGUUGGCUAGACCUUGCACACGAUGAAGCAAUCUCGGAACAAAUCUGGAAUGCUCUAGAGGAUGUCGAGAACGCUACGGCUGAAGAGUCCGAUCAUGAUGAGCCUACGUUAUUUGGACACCGCACGGGAUCAAAGACGGGUAGCAAGACCAGACUCGUAUGGAGAUUAGUUGAAGUAUCCGAUUCUGGUGGCUCAGAGUCUACGGUCCCUAGGGUACCGGACCCAAAGCCUUGA